AGAACGAUUUUACACUACUACGUAUCUCAGGUGGACGCUCUUUCCACGCUUGGCGUCUUUGUCGGUGCCUCACGCACCUCUUUCCUGCAACAGUUGCACCUACAGAGCAGUCACAAGGCUACAAGGUUUCGUGCGAAAGGGAAAAGAGGGGUAGCGUCAACUCUCCCUCUGCCAUGAUCGUUUCUCACAGUUCGCUGAGUGAAGGAGCUCAGCGCGUGGAGCAGGACCGGGGGCGGGACUUUUUUCGUCUACUCUUUCUUUUCGAUCGCGCGCGUCUCUCCCUCGCUCUACCCGUCACCAGCGUGGACUGGAAGCUCACGCUCGACUGCCUGGAUGAGAUGAACUAUCGCUACGCCGACUACGCCUUUCUGCUCGGGUUCACGGCCACGUACGUCCUCCGCAACCGCGGGGGGCGGACGUUUCUCUCGCGGUUUCGCCUUCCGAUCUACGCGGGGCUCGUAAUGUACGACUUGGAGCUGCGGCUGGCCACCCCCGCACCGGCGUUGCAGUACUGGAACUCGAUUUGUACCCUCGAUAGCGGGCUGGGCCGCGUGGCGCGUGCCCUGCACACACCAAGGUGCUUUUACGAGGUGGCCUCCGACCCACAGGAGAGCCACAGCGACGCCGCCUCCUCUUUCUCCGCGUUGCAUGGUGGGACGCGCACCUCUUUUUUCUCGUGGCUCAUGGCGGAUCUGUGCUACGGAGCGCAGUCCUUGCUGCUGAAGAAUGUGGGCUCGUACGUCUUUGACGGCUCGUGCUGGCGUCACCGCCGCAGCGACAACGUCGAAGUGACCGCCCUGGUGGUGAACAACCGUUUCUUCCGUUGGCCGAUUAUUGAGUCGUGCAAAGGGCAGAAAAUGGAGGGAACGGAGUACAACAUUAACAUGCAGUGGCUACCGACACCGGUGGCGGAUGAUAACAUCCGUCGAUCGUUUCAGUGUCACGACUUGAUCAUGGAAAAGUCGACGGUAGGAGGGAAGUUGUGGUACAAGACCUAUUUUGCACUGCUCCGGUUGUUUGGACUGGAAUCGUUGUAA